UGCGCAAACGAGCACCACCACAGCACAUUCCCCGCUUCUCCGCGCAGGCACACAUCCUUCAGCAAGCCAAUUGAUUUAUGAGUUCUCCAUGAUCGUCUGAACAAAUAAAACGUGCGUUUCUCUGUCCAAUCUUUACCAGCAGUAACAAUCUGACCGCGACGCUGCGGCCACUGCCAGAUCUUGCUCAAUAGAUGCUCAUUUCCUCACCAUGGCAACAGAAGAUAAGAAACCAGAGACUGACACAAAACCUCCAGUUGUACCAUCAGCAUCCGCCAGCCAAAGCAAGUCUGCACCUGCCAAGCCAAACUACAGCCUGAAAUUCACAUUAGCGGGACACACUAAAGCCGUCUCCUCCGUCAAGUUCAGCCCGAGCGGAGAAUGGCUCGCCAGCUCAUCCGCUGAUAAACUCAUCAAAAUCUGGGGAGCUUAUGAUGGCAAGUUUGAGAAAACCAUAUCCGGACACAAACUUGGUAUAUCUGACGUGGCCUGGUCCUCCGACUCCAACCUCCUGGUGUCUGCAUCUGACGACAAAACCCUGAAGAUCUGGGACGUCAGCUCGGGAAAAUGCUUAAAAACUCUAAAAGGUCACAGCAACUACGUCUUCUGCUGCAACUUCAACCCCCAGUCCAAUCUUAUCGUUUCAGGAUCGUUUGACGAGAGCGUAAGGAUAUGGGACGUGAAGACCGGGAAAUGUUUGAAAACGUUGCCGGCUCACUCCGAUCCUGUCUCGGCCGUCCAUUUCAACAGAGACGGCUCCCUGAUCGUGUCCAGUAGCUAUGACGGCCUUUGCCGAAUCUGGGACACAGCAUCGGGGCAGUGUUUAAAGACGCUCAUAGACGAUGACAACCCUCCCGUGUCGUUUGUGAAGUUUUCCCCCAACGGGAAAUACAUCCUGGCAGCUACACUGGAUAACACGCUGAAGCUGUGGGACUACAGCAAAGGAAAGUGCUUGAAAACGUACACCGGCCAUAAAAAUGAGAAGUACUGCAUAUUUGCAAAUUUCUCCGUCACCGGCGGGAAGUGGAUUGUGUCGGGCUCCGAGGACAACAUGGUUUAUAUCUGGAACCUGCAGACGAAGGAGAUCGUGCAGAAACUGCAGGGCCACACAGACGUCGUCAUAUCGACCGCCUGCCACCCAACAGAGAACAUCAUCGCAUCUGCGGCUUUAGAAAAUGACAAAACCAUCAAGCUAUGGAAAAGCGACUGCUAAGCCCUUUCGGAUCUUCCAGGCCAUUCAUAUUUCCUUUUUUUUUUAUUUUAUAUAUAUAAUUUUUUUUCUACGUUUUGUUGUAAGAAAAGAGGACUUGUUUUCUAACAGAGAGCUCCUGCGGGACGCGGAGGGGCUUUCAGGUAAUGAAAUUCAGCACGGAGAACCAAAUGAGACACAUCAGCCCGGAGUAUCAGCCCAGAGUCAGUGCAGCAGUGGGCGUGUGUUAACGCGUGCCGGGGUAUCAAUGUAACAACACUGAUACCCUGGUUCUGGUGCUUCAGUAUUUUUGACACUGCAUCAACUUUGGGCCAUACCGACUCACACACAUGGCAUUUCUGUUCUCGUACAAUAAAUGUAAUGGUUAUUUGGCCUUUCUGUGAUUUCUUUUGCCUUUUUCAUUUGUCUGUAUAAUCGUGUAGCACCGUCUGAAUGACAUCAAGCCUUCAGUAAAAACAAAACAAAAAAAAGAUAUCUAAAGGAUCCAUUUGUUAUUUAUUCAGGUGGCACCACUAUUAGUGUUUUUUUUCUCCUUAAUAUCAAAUGCCAGAUCAGUGAAGCGCUGUGUGCCAUAACCAGAUGUGUUAUUAGGGCAACGAACCAGCAUUUUAAGUGCAUGAACAAAGUCAAAGAUGCCUCAAGAGGAUGUGAUUCAUGAUGUCACUAUUAAUUGUUUGAAAGCUACAAAAAAAACUUUACUUUUACAGUCCUACUGGAGCGUUGAGUUAAAACCCCCUCCUGUUAAAAAAAAAAGUCUAAUUUUAACAUUUUACAGCUUACAACUGUGACCAAAUGCAGUUUUGUGUUCUAGGAUUUGUACAUAUUAUAAUGACAUGUAAUGUGAUUUGACUGUUUCAGCUGUGUUUUCUUUUAUUACGUUCUCUUCUGUUUGAUUAGCUCAUACUGUAGUUCUGCACACGAAGCCAGCAGCGUCUGUUCUCUGUAGUCAACCUGGAUUUUGUGGAAUAUAUGUUUGCAUUUGACAGCUAUUACCUGCGUCUUAAUAAAACCAGUUUUUGUAUGUUU